AUGGGAAGGUCACCAUGUUGUGAGAAAGCUCACACAAACAAAGGAGCAUGGACGAAAGAAGAAGACGAGAGGCUCGUAGCUUACAUUAAAGCUCAUGGAGAAGGAUGCUGGAGAUCUCUCCCCAAAGCCGCCGGUCUUCUCCGGUGUGGCAAAAGCUGCCGUCUCCGGUGGAUCAACUAUCUCCGGCCUGACCUUAAACGUGGAAACUUCACCGAGGAAGAAGAUGAGCUCAUCAUCAAGCUCCAUAGCCUUCUUGGCAAUAAAUGGUCACUUAUUGCCGGGAGAUUACCGGGAAGAACAGAUAACGAGAUCAAGAACUAUUGGAACACGCAUAUUCGAAGAAAGCUUAUAAACAGAGGGAUUGAUCCAACGACUCAUAGACCGAUCCAAGAAUCAUCAGCUUCUCAAGAUUCUAAACCCACACAACUAGAGCCAAUUACGAGUAACACCAUUAAUAUCUCCUUCACUUCUUCCGCUUCUACUCCAAAGGUCGAGACUUUCCAAGAAAGGAUAAGUUUUCCGGGAAAACCAGAGAAAAUCUCAAUGCUUACGUUCAAAGAAGAAAAAAAUGAGUCUCUAGUUGAAGAAAAGUUUACAGAUUUGAAUCUUGAGCUCAGAAUCAGUCUUCCUGAUGUUGUUGAUCGUUGUCAUCAAGGCUUGGUGGGAGAGGGAAAGUCAAAAACGUCGCGUUGUUUCAAGUGCAGCUUAGGGAUGAUAAACGGCAUGGAGUGCAGAUGCGGAAGAAUAAGAUGCGAUGUAGUUGGACUUGGAGGUAGCAACGGCAGUAACAAAGGGAGUGACAAUAUUAUAAGCAAUGGAUUUGAUUUUUUAGGGUUAUCAAAGAAAGAGACCACUUCUCUUUUGGGUUUUAGAAGCUUGGAGAUGAAAUAA